GCACAUACUUGACAAAAAAAAAAAAAGUAGACCGUGAAAAUUGGUUGAGAAUUGAGCAAGUUAAAUUGACUUGAUGGGAACGUUGACCUCCCCAACAUGGCUGCCCCGUAGUCACGUUGGGUAGCCGGGCUGCCACAGCACGAUAGUUAAUCUACUACUUGGGUAACGUUUCCCUAACCGGAAAUGUCGUAAUUUCGUGCUGCAUCGUUUUUGGCCAUGUUCAAAAACUGUCAAUCUUUAUUGCGCGAUAUGGAUUUGUCAAGCAACGAAGUUUAAAUAAAGAAACGGAUCGUUUGAAUAUAUCAAGAAUAAGGAGAGAUGAACCUUCCUGUCCAGACAAACAAAAUGAUAGAGCUCCCAAACUACAGCAGCCAGCUGAUGCAGCAACUGUGGGCCCUGAGGAAGGAGGGCCUCUUUUGUGACUGCACUGUUCUGGUGGGAGACAACCCUCACCGUGCACAUAAACUGGUGCUGGCUGCUUCCAGCAUGCUUUUCAGGUCACUGCUGGAUCUUUCUGAUACUAUCUCCAUCGACACCACUUUGGUUUCCUCGCAGGAGUUCGGCUGUCUUCUGGACAUGGUCUAUACAGGCAAGCUACCUUUGGGAAAACAUAACGUCAGCCGCAUCAUCGCCGCUGCAGACAGCCUGCAGAUGUUUGAUGUAGCCGUGAGCUUUAAAAAUGUCCUCACCAACAUUAUCAACCAGCCGGCCCCAGCCUCCCCCUCCUCUACAAAGGUCCCAACCCUCACCCCAGCCAACAAAGUCCCCAGCCCAAACCCUGAAGUUUCAAUUGCUUCAUCCACUAAGGGUAAGUCAGCUGAAGGUGGGGUGCAGGUGGAGGAUGCGUCCGAGAACAAUAGAUGUGAAGAUGGAAGUGAAAAUGUAAAGGGACCUCCAUGUAAAAGAUUCUGUCCAGAGUUUUCUGAGUCCUCAGGGCCCAAAGAAAACAAAGCCUCAAAAAGUGUAGUAAAGGAAGAUAAUGCAACAGCCACCAAGACUACACCUGUUUUUUUGGAGCUCUCUUCUCAGCUGACCGAGCAACUUACCGGCGUGCCAGAUGUUGUUCAGCUGUUGAGCCAAUCAGCUCACAGCUGUCUGGAUGAGCAGAAGAGACAGUUAGUGUGCAAGUGCUGUGAAGAAGCUGAUCCAAGCACAGUAGUGAGUAAGCUGUUGGGCAAAGUGGAAAAGGGACUUUUCAGUGAGCAAACUCUCCUGAGGCUGCUCCGCACUGUCCAACAGAGGGCUACCUCCUUCCCUGUGUUGCUGCUCUCUCAGCUGGAGGAGUUGGAGAAGAAUAUGGAGGAGCCAGAUGGACACCAGACUGGGGCCAACUCUGAUCAGGAGAACUGCAGCAGAAGUGUAAUAAAGCUGGAGCAAAGCAACAUAGAGGAGCCUGAAGUGCAAGAGAGAGAUGCAUACUCUCCGUCCUCAAAGUCUUACUGCUGUCGCUGGUGUAAGAAGAGUUUUGCCUACAAGUGCCGAGUUAUGGCCCAUAUGAAGCGCUGCCCCAUGUCCAAGGAAGGUCAGCUGCAGUGUCCACAAUGCUCUGUGAAGCUGGCCAACCAGCGGGCUUUACAGGGCCAUUUGGCUGAGGCUCACCCAGGCACUGCAAGAGACAAGAAGAAGAAGAAGAUAGCCUGUGACCUCUGUGGGCGAACCUUUGCACACCCAUCAGGUAUGAUUUACCACAAGCGGACGGAGCAUUUUGACGAGAAGCCAUACGCCUGCGAGACAUGCGGCGCUAAGUUUCCCGCCACCUCCUCUUUGAAGAAUCACAUGCGACUACACACAGGGGAGAAACCCUACCAUUGCAAACACUGCGACAUGAGCUUUAGCGUGGCUGCCGCGCUGGCCUACCACACCAAGAAGAAACACUCUGAGGGCAAGAUGUACGCUUGUCAGUAUUGCAAGGCUGUCUUCGCCCAAUCAAUCGAGCUCACACGGCAUGUGCGAACACACACAGGCGAUCGACCCUACGUAUGCCGGGAAUGUGGAAAAGGCCACAGCCAGGCCAGUGGGUUGACUGUCCACCUACAAACCUUCCACAACAUGUCGCAGCCUCUCAACUGUCAAAAGUGUUGCCUCAGCUUCCAGACUUUAGAGGAGCAUCAGAAGCACAUAGAGGAGCUCCACCUAAAGGUGUUCCACAAGUGUCCCACAUGCAGCAAAGUCUUCACCAGCGCUUCGCUGCUCGACAAACACAAGUCCAUACACACUGGAAUCAAGCCCUUUAUCUGCAACUUGUGCAACAAGUCUUACCAGCAACUGUCAGGCCUGUGGUACCAUAACAGGACUAAUCACCCUGAGGUGUUUGCUAACCAGACACGGCAACUGAAGACCCUGGUCCAGUGUGACAUCUGCUUCAGAUUCUUCCCCUGUGCCUCCAGCCUGGCCAAACACAGAGAAGCUGAACAUGAAGGUUCUGCAGCCUCCACCGUGCACUGCCCGCACUGUCAAGUUGUGUUUGGUGGGUCAGAGGAGAUGCAGGAGCACAUGUGCAGCCAGCACGCAACAAGCGCCAACCAUUUCAUCUGCCCCCUCUGCACCCUGGUCAGCACCUCCCAGAUGGAGCUGCAGGAGCACCUCCUCUCCUGCCACGUGGAGGCCCAGCAGACACAGAAGGAGGGGGGUGAGGAGCAGGCCUCCAGCUCACACGAUGUGAUCUCAGCGCAUCAACCAGAGGGAGCGGCAGUGCAGUCAGCAGCCCCUGAGGAAGAGUCGCAGCUGGCUGUGACCCAGCAAGUGUUUGUGACUCUGGCAGGAGAAAGGGAAGGUGCCUCCCCGGCAGAGGUGGUGGAGGUCAACAUGUAUGACCUCCUAAACAAUUCUGUUACGUUCAUCUGUGAAGACAAACCAUAAAAUGUUUAGCUGCUUUCUGUCAAUCUCCAAUUGGUUCCACAACACAACUCGCCACUCUUUGAGCUAUAGUGUCAACCCAAAGUCCUUCAGUGUGUUUUGUUGGAAAACUAUAUGUCAACAAAGCUCACAAAUUGUAAUAGCUAAACUUUGUACCAUCUUUUGCAGAGACCCAGACAGUAUUGGGACAAUGACAGUGGUUUAUUAUUUUACCUUGACCAACAUGGAUUUUAAAUAAAGCAAUUAAGAUCUGA